CCUCCUCCGUGCGCACGAGGGGCGGAGUUCUAGAACGUCGUGUAACCAAUGCGGUGACGUCACGCACCCCGUUCGGUUCCCCCGCCUGUUCGCGCGCGCACACUCGGCCCCCCGUGGCAGCGGGACCCACCGGGGGCGGCGCGCGAGCCCCAAGACUCGAGGAGGGGGCCCACGUCAGCCGGGCGGGGAGCCGGGAAGUGCACCCCGAGUCGGCUCAGAUCACAUGGGCUGGGUGUGGGGGAGGGGGAGGAGCGGGGAGCUCUGCCCGGGCUGCUCGCCGGGCGGGGAGGCGGCAGCGCCCCGGACCCCCAUAGUUUGCGCUACCCAUUCAAGUUCUUGGGCCCCUGCGCCCGAUGCCGAGGUAGCACCCGCCGCCUGCCCUGCCUCUGUGCCCCGGUUUCCAGCCACCUCGCGGAAAUUUAGGUCAAGGACGCCGGGAGCACACCCACACCCAGCGCUCCCGGGGCGGUCCCCGAGACCCCGGGAAUCGGGGAGGCUUCGGGAUGGAGGAGACCCUCCCGCACAAACACCAGCCACAAGUUUUCAUUUUCCCUUCGCGCGGCAAGUUCUCUGGCUCCCGCUCCACACCGGCACGUCCUGCACGGCUCCCCGCCCUUCCCCGGCCGAGCUCCCUCCUCCCCAGGUGACCUUCUGAGCAAGAUGGGUUUCAACCCCACCUGCAUGCCCAUAGGAUGCUGCUCCACAUCUCCGGUCUUAACCUCGCCAGAGGGCUCCAGUCUCUGCUCAGGAUCGUCUUUAUACAUCUCCCUUACCCUUCCUGACGGUAUUCCAGAUGCAACGCGGCCAGUGCCACAUCCACACUGUUCUCCCCCAAGUCCGAACCUCUUUUUGGAAUCCUUGUCGAUGAAUAUACUCAGCCAGCCUGGAGACAGCAUGCUUGAACUCUGACCUUCCCAUGUGCAGCUCACCCAGGAGUCUGUGGAAUUCACCUCGUAAAGAGCACUCAAAUCAAUCUUUUUUUUUUUAACGUCCAUGGUAUGUGUGUGCGUGUGUGGUCAGAGGACAACGUUCAGGAGUCUGUUCUUUCUUUCUCCUAUGUUCCAGAGGUUGAGCUCAGGUGUGAGAUCAGGCCUGCUAAGCAGGAACUUCUGCUCAGUGAACCAUCUCACUGGCUCAUCAAAGCCACUUUCUCUUAUACUGAACAUCAUAUGUCUCGCACCCGACGCCCUAGAACAGCCUCCUACAGCUGCCCACAAGGACUCUUGGUCCAUUUAUAUGCCUGGAAAGCUUUCCCAUGCUUCUCUGACCAGGUUAAAUGUCUCUUGAUAGACACUUAACCCAGCAGAAGGUCCUCUGUGUACCUUUCCCUGUGUGAUCAUUUUUGCUUUAUCGCCCAUCUCGGCCAGGCCACGAGCGCCCAUCUAUUUUUGCUCUCCUUGUACCAGUACAGUACCUGCUAGUUCAUGGUUGACAAUAAAUAAUUUUGGUAGGGGACAGAUUGAUAAAUGAGUGGUUAUUGCGGUCCAGUUUCACCCUUGCACCUUUUUCGUGGGUUUGUGUGGUUGUAUUCAGAAGUCAAAUUGGCUGUAAUCUCUUCUAAUGCUUUUGUCUAUUUAUACUGGCUUCCAAAAAUUGUAAAUGUUGCACGCACGCGCGCACACACACA